ACAGGCAGGCACGCUACCAGACAGACCGGCAGACAGGUAAGCAGGAGGCAGGCACCAUGACGCAAACAGGGGACAGACUCAGCUCUGUGACAACAGAUGCCUCCCACAGAACUGAACACUGAAGUUUACUUUGAGAGCCUCAGUGGAGCUGGAAUAAGCAGAAAAUAAGACAAAUAACAAGACGGGAUGAGGAGUUCUUGACUGCUGUUUUUUAGGCUGAGGAGGAGGGGGUAUUUUACACACUUUUUCUGUAGUUGCUGAACCUGUGGAAUUACAUCUAUGAGCCAGGGGAGGACUAAAGCCAGCAUGGUAUUCAGCUGGCAGAAGUCAUUUGCCAUCCUGAACCCCUGGAGGAAAGGGAAGGGGGACAAUGUGCUGGAUAAUGAGGUUGUCUUGACCAAGAUGAAGCUCUUCAACAACUUCCAUGAGAAGCUCCUCAACAACGCUGAUGAUUCUUCAUCCACUAUCUCCAUGUCAGUAUCUGAGCAGGACAUCUCAGAGCCUGUCAAAGGCUUGAAGGGGAAUGCUGACCUGGAUAACAUGCCUGGACAGCCCCUGAUGGAGUCGAACUCAGGCUACCUCUCUGACAUUUUCUCAGACUCUCAGCUUCCCAUGCUGUACAAGUUUGAGUCGGAGGACUCUGGAGUGGAACUGCCCAGUGGAACCAACUCUCCCUCCACACCCACCGGCUCAGAGCAGAGCUUUGUGGUCCACAGCCGGGAACCCUCCAAUGACUCCUGUAACCUCAAUACUCCUGUCCCUACCCCAGGUCCACUCCUCACCAUUGAACAGUGCUCUGACACCAAACAAACAGAGGGUAUGAGACACACACCGUGUACGACUGUAGACAGUGCUGUGCUGGAGUGCAAUACUGUGGAGUCGGGGGCUGAACUCAACACAGAAGUUGAGAGGGUAGACCUUCAUAUAACUGAGAAGGACAUAAAUAUGGAGAGGGCCCAACACAGGGCCUUGAAGGACACUGCUGAGGACAGUGAUAGGGUUUCAGAGGAGCUGGGUGAGAACAGGACUGUGACUGACGGGAUCAACUCAGAGAACACAAGGUCCAAGAGCCAGUGCUCUACAGGGGCCUGUGAUGAUAUGACAGGAGUUAACUUUGAGCAGCGGCCUCUGAGGAAAAGCACGACGAGCGACAGCCUAGAGGAGUAUAUGGAGGAAUGCUGUAGACUGAGUGAGGUCCACCAGGCCAGCUCCAACCCCCUGGGCUCCGGUCUGGGCUACCUGGAGCACAUCUGCCAGCUCAUUGAGAAGAUUGGUCAGCUCCAGGAACACAACCUCAGGCUGCAGAAGCAAAUCUGUGGGCUGCAGAAGGAUGGAAGGAUGACCAAGACCAAAGAGGACUUCUUCCUGCAGCACUGUAGCUGUGGAACGGCCGGCUUGGCCUUCCAGGAGCAGAAAAGACAUUCCAGGAGUGAGUUCCUGACCACCUCCAUGAGCGGCACCCUCUCUGACCUCUCCACCAUCCCUGAGGUCACACACCACACAGGACUCACUGCCAGGGGAGAGAGUGACCAGGGUGGAUGCCAGCCCCUGGUGCCCCUUUGGAAGAGGGGCCUGUAUCGGAUGAGCUACACAGAGGGAGAUACGCGCUCCUAUCUCUCUGACAGUACAGAGGGUCUCUCUGCCCCACACAGACGGCUGAGUGAGAACUACACGUGGGGCAGAGUGAAGGAUCUGGUGAAGAAGACCAAGCUGAGGAACCAGAGCAGACUGGGACAAACAUCCACCUCCCUCAAGAGAUCCUGUCCACAGCUUUACCGCCCUGACCUGGGACCAGUGGACCUACCAGGAAGAAACAGGAACUCCAUGAUCGCCUUGGGCCAUCAGAACAAACUGGACUUCCAGUGGCCCCGAUAACCAUUGUUGGUACACAAAGUUCUGACGCAAAAUAUUGCUAAUGCGUAGUGAAACAUGUUGGAAGCAUGCUGUGCAUGUACAAGCACAACUGAUUUAGCAGCUAUCGUAUGAUCUAUUCUCAGCGUACAUGUAUAAUAAAGAUAUCCAUAGAGGUGAUGAGGCAACACUUUUGUAACACUGCCCACACUGAACGUCUUUGUUUUCUACUCAGAUAUGAAACAGAUGGCCUGAAGUGGGAAGAGAAUGUCCGGAAGAGGAUAAGGUGAAGUUGCACAGAUUCUUGACUGGACUGAGAGGGUAGUGUGAAAGGAGGGGAUGUGAGAAAUAACACUUGUGAUGGAUGACAAAACUUUGAGUGAGGAGUGAAAAGAAAACAAAAAGAGGGAUGGUCAUAGACAUCUUUCUUGAGAUACAAAUCUAAACUAAGGGAUUUUAUUGUCUCAGAUAAGGGAACAUUGGUAUUUAUAUGAGAAUAGACAUGCAUGUACUCCACAAUGUACAUGAAUACGAUACAAAUGAUUUAAUCUUGUACUAUAAUCGUUUUCUAUUCAAUUCAUAUUGUAAUGCUUUCUCUAAAUAUAUGUUAUGUUAUUGACAUUUCAGUACUAUGUGUUGAAGAAAACAAUAACUAUUUGAUAUGGUUGUUCCAACUAAGAAAUAGCCUAGACAAUAUUCUGGGGUGAAAUUAAAGGGAUAGUUCACCCAAAUUACAAAAUGACAUUGGUGUCCUUACACUGUAAGCAGUCUAUGGACAAGCUAUGACAGCAAUGCAUCCUUUGGUUUACUUUCCCUGCCACUGUUUCAACAUGCUAGCAUUUUAGCAUUUGUGGCACAAAUCCCAUUCAAGUCAUGGGACCAAUAUUAUUCGCGCAUCAUGCCCAAAUCAAUACAUGAUUUAAAUUCUAGAUAAGAGCGUCUGCUAAAUGACUAAAAUGUAAAUGUAAAAAUAAUUCAAAAGUAUCUAAAGUUGCUUGUCAAACUCAACAAAGUCACAUAGAUUAUUUGAACAUGAUGCUUGAAAAAUACUAAUAUCGGUCCCAUGACAGGGUAAGGAAACAAAUAUGUAAUUUUGUGUUUGGGUGAACUAUCGCUUUGGUUAUCAUGCCCCCUUGAACAAAUGUGAAACAUACACAUAUCAUACAUAUUUCAGGAUUGUACUUAACUAUUCAACAUAUUUUGUAUGAAUUCUCUUGUUUUUGUUUUGAGUGUAGGCCUACGAGGCUGUGUGUGCAUGCACUAUACAGGGAUAAUAGAUCGUGGUAAUGUUGUGUGAAUGUGCUGUAUAUAACAAAGGUUAAUUGUGUACAGUCAUUGUGUAUGUACAGGAGGGGAGGUAUGCCUCUGUAAAUUCCUAUGUUUAUAUGAUGGAAAUGUAUACCUUUUGGAGAUAGGGGAUCCAGAUCCCUUAUGAUAAAAAACACUUUGAGGACGCUAGAAAACGUUUGUGAUGCAUUGCCCCAAGGUUUUUUAAAUGUUCCUCUCAAACAUUUAUGUAAAAAAAAAAACAGUAAAGAAAAAAAGAAUAAUUUCAUAUCACUGCAACAUGUAUUUUAUCAGAGGCUGCUGUUGCACAUGUUCAUCUUCAAGAUAUAUUUUUUUUUAUUGUGACAUGCAAGUCUGGUUUGACAAGCUAACGGUGAUGAAGCUUUUCUACACCACGGUUACAUUCCCUGGGUUUCCAGAAAUCCUGGUUGGAAUAUUCCCGUAUUUUCUGCUUUUCCCUCGUAAUUCCAUGAAUCUUCCAAACUGGCUUCCUUGAAAAAUUGGGAAUUUUGGGAAAGCUACUGGAAUUUUGCAACCUUAGUUACAUCACUAUGAGCUUCCUUUGAUAACAGACAGGCAAGUACCAUGGUACCUUGGAAAUCUCACUGGGUAACUACAGAAGGAAAGUUCAACACAGAAACUUUGAAAAGGAUGAUUUAAAAUGGCUUCAAAGCCUUGACAUCUAAUUGAAAUACAGCAGAAGUCAAUUCCAACUGCUCAAAACUGUCCAGCGUUGUUUACAACAGGAAUGGAGGUCAUCAAAUUUUAGAAAACACAAAUCCCACAGAACGAACAAAACAGUUAGUUAUCCAGUAUGUACUUCAGAAAUGUGAACAACAGUAUAGUGCAACACCAAUGAGUUAUUCAUCAUGGUCAACAUGUACUCCUAUUAAAAUAAUAAUGUACUCUGUAGUACUGUACAUGUAGCACAGCUGUAGCUGUAUCAUACGCAAUUAAUGUACUUCUAAAUACUCUAAUCAAGUAGAAAAUACAUCUGUUGCAACUUGAGAGGCAGUAAAUGCUGUCAAUAUGCAUGAUAGGCCUACAUGUUUUGUCAGGACUGGGAUCUAAAGACAAAAGAUUGUGAUAUCUGUAUAUUGUAGAGUUACAGUAAGUUGUACAUGGAUGGAAUAUCUCAAUAUGCAUAAUGUAUCAUAAUUCAAAGUUAUUUUUCAAAAUAAAGUUGACAUUUCCA